ACAUCUUUUUCGUAACGGAGGUCUCCUUUUCCGUUUUCUUCAACGCUUUUCGCAGCACACAAAAAUCGAUAUCAAGCGCAGUAGUGUGUGCUCUUUCUCUCUCGGAGCAAGAAGGCAACUUGGGGCUCUGUCAAACAUGGACGCCGUCUAUAAUCUCGUUGAAUCUGUUCACGUUUUUAUUCCUGUCGUCGCGCUUCUCGUCUUUCUCACAGUUAUUUAUAUUAAUUCGAAAACUCCUGAUGAGCCGGAUACGGCGCUGAAGAAAGCGACUCAAAAAAUGACACCGAAGGAGCCGAAUGCAAAGAAAUCGGAUUGAUCUCUCGAGAUGGCAAUUGAGAAAUUGAAGAAAUGCUCAAAAAACUGUGGAAAAUAGAAAAAAAAUCAAAUAUAUCUUAAAAUUUUGGCCAUUUUUCUUUUUGUUUCUCAUCAACAUACACAAAAUUUAAUUUACAAAAUUAAAUUUUAUGAUCAAUUUUUCGAUUUUCCUUUUAAAAAAUCGGCUAUGUUUUUCGCCAAAUCUGCCUAAAAAUCACUUUUUUUAACAAAUUUUUGGGCAUUUUUCAAUUUUUCCAACUCUAAAAUAGUAGCUAUUUUCUGAUAUAAGAAUUAUUUUUCUAAAUAUUUUCCAUCACAAAAUAUCAAUAAAAAUAUUGGCUCA